AAUUCAAUUCGAUAUUUAUUUGCAAAACAAACAGAUUGGUGAAUUCAGCUGAUAAAUAAUUAAGACAAAUAUAUAAAAAAGUAUUCAAUUAAACUUACAAAAAAUAACAAAAACAAAGGAAAAUGUUCUGUUGCCUACGGUCUUGUUUAAAUGGCAGUAUACACCAGUCAAAUAAAACCGUGGUGAAUCGAGUUAAAGAGCCUGAAAUUCAUUUGGAUGUUGCAAAUGCUGGCACUGAAGUCAUACUGCUGUCCAAUUAUCUACGGAUUACGGGUACUGGAGGUGCUUUGGGCACAGCUCCAUUGGUCCAAUCGAAAUCAUAUUUCGAAGUGAAAAUCCAACAGAAGGGAAUUUGGUCCGUUGGUUUGGCGACACGCCAAGCAGAUUUAGAUAAAAAAUACGGUGGUCUGGAUAAGGAAAGUUGGUGCCUAUGUUCCGAUAAUGUCACGCGUCACAAUGGUGAAGAAUAUGGUCCGGUUGUGGCCACAACAAAUGAACCAACAAAAACCAUUGGUAAUGGCGGUGAUGUUAUAAUAAAUGGUACCUCAGUACCGGGUCUAAUAGGUAUUGAGGACAUCAAUGAAGAUUUGCUGCUGACAACCGGUCGCAGUGAUGGCGGUGUAGAAAUAAAAGAUUCAACUCAGGAAGGUAGCAGUAUACCGAACAAGGAACGAACAAAUGAAAACCAAUUUCCCGAUGAAGGUGAUAUUGUUGGAGUGUCAUUCGAUCAUAUUGAGCUGAAUUUCUAUUUUAAUGGUAAAAAAUUGGAGGCACCAUUUCAAAAUGUCAAAGCCAGUACUGUUUUUCCGGUUAUAUAUGUUGGUAAUGGUGCUAUUUUGGACAUAAUUUUAGAUAAUUUCCAUUAUCCUCCACCAAAUGGUUUUGAGAGAAUAAUGCUGGAACAAUCUCUAUUAUAAAACUAAAAUUUGCUGACCUCUUUAUUUCUUUACUUUAUCAAUGUGAAUAAUUAAAAAAAAAAAAAACAAAAA